AGAAGUCCCGGUGACAACCUUGGGUCGGACGUGGUAAUGCCUUUCCGCUAUUUACAUUUCCUAACGCAUGUGUCAUUUAUUUCGCCAUCAAAUAAUACUGAAUCAUAUGCCAAAAAAGUGGGCAUAGACAAAUUGUUGGCCUGUAUCACUAAUUUGCAUUUUAAUGCAGUUCGAAAUGAAGCCUGAUUUAUUACUACCUUUUUCAUUUUACCGUAAGAACCAGCUUUGUGUAUUUCAAGUUGUUGUCGUAAACUGCAAAUUUCCUGCUGUCGUCGGGGUUUCGUCCUCAGACAAUGUUGAGAUAUCUGAUGAGAUGUUAUCCAAGUUCGGUCCAGACUUACCUCGAAGAUUGACCAUUCAACUACCAACGCGAGUGAUUCCGGUAGAGUCAUUGAGACUACAGAUUAUGACUCCAAUGGACUCAGUUCUCUUGCCUCUUCUGGAAAAUAGUCUACAUUACAGGUUGCGUAAGUUCUGACACUGAUUACUAAAAUUUUCAGAGAUGUCACACACCAUGGUUGGAACAAAACAGACUAUUCGAGCGCUUGGAGAUAACUUCAGUCUACUAACCGUCGAGGCCAUUUCAGCAUCUGGAGAAUCGUUCCCCAUUCAGAACACCAGGCAAACAAUUUUAAAGGAGGAUUAUGACUUACCUCCACAUCUCAACGACCUCAGUUUUCCCUUUGAAUCAUUCAGCAACAGUGAUAAUCUGUGGUCAUGUGAACUUAUUCAGUCAUCCACUGAUCAACCUGUUUUUAAAAUUGGUUCUUCUACCAAGUUAAUCUUGGUCCAAGCUGAAGCUCCACCUAAUUUUUCAGUUGGGUUUAGAAGCUCUGAGAUUUCCAAGUUGAUACCAAAAGGCAAUUACACGAAUAGUUACUUGUUUGGUUUAGAUACAGUUAGAGAUGUGAUUCUUGGCUAUCUCAGAAACUUCCUAUUAACAUGUGUUCAUGGAAAUGAAACUGUUUUUUCUUCCAAUAUAACGCCUGGGAUUAUCCUUUAUGGACUUCCUGGCUGUGGAAAACGUACAUUUCUUGACGAUAUUGCCAAUGACCAAAUCCACUCAGUUUCAACAAAUGGGUCCUCGUAUGAAAAGCCAGUAUUCGUCACACUUACAUCUAACUUGGUCACCGAGUUAACUAAUAAAUCUCAUCAUAAUGGCUAUCGCUGGCUGAUGAACAUGAUUGGACAAUUAGAUGUCAGUAACAGAAACUGUAUUCCUGUAGUUAUUUUAUGGCCUAACAUCGACAAGUGGAUCGAUAAUGAUGAGAAUUUAGAUACUAAUACUCAUUCUACAGCUGAUACGGAUGUUGAAUCAAAAAUGUUUCCCAAAAUUUUAGAAAGGUUUAUCGAGUCGAUCCAAUUGGUUACACAGAGUUUGGUUCACAAUCAAAAGUCAACAUGUCGAUUUUGCAUCCUAGCAACAGCCACUACGAUUGACAAAGUUUUUAGUGUUCAUGAAUGCAGGGAACUAUUUUAUAGACGUUUGUUAAUAUCACUUCCCGAUGCAAGCAAACGUUAUCAGAUAUUGUACCACAAUAUCCAAGCAUGUUUGAGUCAUGGGACUAAUUUCAUGUCUAGUAGUGAAUCUCCUCACGGUUCCAUUGUGAAUAUCCAGUCAUGCGAGAUAACAGAUGAAAAUGAAAGUCUUAUUCACGUUGCGGCUCGAUUACAUGGUUAUACGCCCAAGGAUUUGGUUCGCUUGGUUCAUGUAAGCUACGCAACCUUCCUAUCCAAACAGAACGACAGUUCAAAGGACUUUCCCAGAACUAGAGACUUUAAUCAAUCAUUGAAUUCGUUCUGUGAAAUUUUGAUAAAUGAAUCUUUUUCAUAUUUGCCGAUAAAUCUUUCUCAACAUAUAACCUCGGUGGAACCGUUAAGGUGGACUGAUAUCGGUGGAUAUCGUGAACUGAAACUCAUAUUUAAAACUAUGAUACAGGAUCGUCUGGUUAGUGCUGCAAAACCCAAUAGCGUAGAUGCACAAGCAGACGCUGCUCUGCGUCUUCGUGUACCUCGUGGGAUAUUACUUCAUGGUCCUCCAGGUUGUUCCAAAACUAUGUUUGUGCGAGCAUUGGCUACUGAAUGUCAACUCCCACUAAUCGCAAUUCAGGCAUCUAGGAUAUUUGGUCGUUAUGUUGGUGACAGUGAACGUAAUAUGCGAAGAAUUCUUGUACAUGCUCGUGCUUCUGCUCCUGCUAUUUUAUUUAUUGAUGAAAUUGAUUUGUUACUUCCUUCCCGAAAUUCAGGAGAAACAAGUGCAAGUGAACAUGUCUUAGGUGAAGUUCUAAUGGCUAUGGACGGAGUUGAAGGUCAAAAUGGACAAGUAAUUCUCGUAGCAGCAACUAACAGAAUGGAUAAUUUAGAUUCAGCAUUAAGUCGCGCUGGUCGUUUUGAUUUAGUCAUUGAAGUAUCACCACCCGAUGCAGAAGCUCGGACAGAUAUUCUACGUUUAGAAUUAUCAAAACGUGCACUAAAAGAUAACUUAUUACUAAAUUCUAAAUGGUUAAAUUUAUUCGCUACAAAUCAAUUGAAUAAUUAUACAGGAGCAGAAGUUGUCCAAGUAGUUCAACAAGCUGCUCAAAUUGCUCGUCAAGAUAAUUCUAAUCAAAUAUCUAAAAAGCAUCUUCUACAAGCUCAAAUUCUUUUGCCUCCUCGUUCACUAUUAAAUUAUUUCUCUCAAAGAAAGAUAAUAAACAACCAGGUGACUAUGUCGACCAAUACUAAUUUGUUAUUAAUUCGUCGUAAAAUUUUAAUUUUUCCAGUUUUAAUUCUAUGUAUUGCUAUUACUUUUCAAAUGGUUUAUAUUAACAAUAUAUCUAAAGUUAUAUGAAAAGAUAUACUUUAUUUCUGAAGAUAUUCAUAGUGUUUGAUAAACUCAGUUGUUCUUUUUUCCUGUGAUUAUACGAGUGUGUCAUGUUCUCCAUUUUUUUAAUAUUUAGAAUAUAUAUGUACAUUUUUAUUAUAAAACAAUGACACUAAGAGAUCUCUGCCAUAUAUUCCUAUUAUGUACUACAAAUACAAGAAAAUAACUUGUUCGUUCUCUUCAUUCUCCAAACUUUUAUCUGUAUGAUUUGCUUACGAUCAACUUAUUUUGAACUUAAUCCUUUAGAAAGUGUAUGUACAUAUCAAUGAAUUAGCUACGUACAAGCAUAUCUUCAUUUUAGAAAGCAAUUGUAUUUUUCUUUUUGUUUAUGAAUUCUAAGUACCUAAACAUUCCGCUGAAAGUGGAUGUGCUAGAAGAAAGAUGUUUAAUAGAAUAUACUCAUAAGUUG